AUGCAGGCAGAGCUGGCGGUGGCGGCGCAGCGCUACCGCGGCGGUCUGCUGCUGCUGCUGGAUCCCGAUGUGGCUGGCCGCCAGGCGCGCCGCACGCUCGACGACCGCCUGCCGGGCUGCCUGCACGCCUUCCUGCCCUCGCCCCUGGCCACCGCCGCCGCGGCGACCAAGCACCACGACCAGGGCAAUGUGGGGGUGGAGCAUGCGGCUGCGGCCACCAUCCGCGCCGCGCUGGCGGCUCCACGCCGCAGCGACCCGCAGCGCCAGCUCUUUGAGCGCCACCACCUGCUCAGCUGGGGGCUGGUGGCGGAGCUGCAUGCCCGGGGGGGCAAUGUGGCGUGGCGGCGCAGCCAGGUGUGCGCCUACCUGGGCCUGGGCGAGUGCGACGGCAAGCAGCUGCUGAGGCAGCUCAACCGCUACGGCUUUACGCGGCAGGAGGUGGAGCGCGCGCUGGAGUGGGCAGAGCGCAGCGUCGGCAGCGACGGCGCCGCCCAGCAGCGGCAGUGA